AUGUCUGAAGACGUCGAUACUCAUAUCAUUGAACGAUACGAUUUGCAUAAACGUCUCGGUAAAGGAGCUUAUGGUAUCGUUUGGAAAGCCAUUGAUAGGCAAGUGUGCGAAACAGUAGCAUUGAAGAAAAUUUUUGAUGCUUUCCGGAAUCAAACCGAUGCACAACGAACGUUUCGGGAAGUAAUGUUUUUGCAAGAAUUCGGUCGACACCCGAAUAUCAUCAAACUGUAUAAUGUUCUUAAAGCCGAUAAUAACAGGGAUAUUUAUUUAGUAUUCGAAUUCAUGGAAGCUGAUUUGCAUAAUGUUAUCAAAAAGUUAACAAUCCUAAAAGAUAUUCACAAGCAAUAUAUUAUGUGCCAAUUAUUUCGGGCUGUACGAUUCUUGCAUAGCGGAAAUGUUUUACAUCGUGAUUUGAAACCUUCAAAUGUAUUAUUGGAUGCUGAUUGUCGUGUGAAAUUAGCUGACUUUGGUUUGGCCAGAUCUUUAUCUCAAAUCGAAGACUAUCCAGAAAGACAAAAUAUGCCAGAACUAACGGAAUAUGUUGCAACGCGAUGGUAUCGUUCACCUGAAAUUUUGCUGGCAGCAAAAUGUUAUACGAAAGGUGUUGAUAUGUGGAGUUUAGGCUGUAUCCUUGCUGAAAUGCUUCUUGGUCAUGCACUUUUUCCUGGUUCUUCAACUAUUAACCAAAUUGAACGAAUUAUGAAUACAAUACUAAGACCAUCAAAGUCGGAUAUCGAAAGUAUUGGGUCGCAAUAUGCAUCAUCGGUGUUAGAGAAGAUGCCACGAAGGCCACAGAAACCACUGGAAUUAUAUUUGAUGAAUUCAGAUCCACAGGCUAUUGAUUUAGUUGAAAGAUUACUAAUAUUUGCUCCACAUAAACGUCUUAAUGUUGAUCAAUGUUUGGUCCAUCCAUAUGUCUUGCAAUUUCAUUCACCGAUAGACGAACCGGCAUUAAAUUACGACAUCCUUCUACCAUUUCCGGAUCACAUUCAGCUAAGCAUAGAUGAUUAUAGGAAUAAGUUAUACGAAAUGAUUCAACAAGAUAAGACAUAUGUGAAACGGACACAGCGCAACCAAAUCGUCACUAAUAAUACCAAAUCACAAAAUAUAACAACGAAAACACCGCUUACAAAUACCAAUGGACAAGCUGUCGCUACAAAUGAUCGUUUAUCAUCCGGUAUUCGUCGAUCAUCCUCCAAUAAUGCAGUACGUACCGCAAAGCAAUCGGUAGUAGAAGGAAAAGCACCAAUUGCGCAAGGGGAGUGCAGCGAUACCGAUUAUGAUACAGCUCGAUCGAUUUGUCGACCAGUAUCUAUUGAUAAACAUAAAAAUAGAGAAGCAUUUACCAUUGAAAAUAAACAACCAAGAGAACGAGCUCAAAGUGCAGGAACUCCACAGAAUGAAGCUGUUCAUAGAGAGCGGACAGCGUCGUUAUUAUCCAAAACUCGUCCAAGGCGUCGUUCACAACAUCGUACCGGAAUUUUUUCAUCAUUCCGAAAAUCUGCACAACGUUUUGCAUCAUAA